ACCCGCCGCGGCGGCAUCUCGGCCCUGCGGGCGGGCAGGCGGCGCUUGGAGGAGGCGUCGAGAAACGGAUCGGUGGACGAGGGUAGAGGGUGAGAGGGUGUCGCGGGUGGCUGCGGUCUGCGGCUGCCUUGAAUCUGGGGAGGCGCGGGGCUGCUUCCUCCACCGCCCUGCUCUAUGAGGGGUUGUUGCGGGCUGGGGGUGGGGGGGCUGUCGGGAGGGGCUCGCCUGUGGCCGUGAGCUUUUCCUAAGCGGCCUGGCUUUUCUGUCAGCCAGGGCCCCCUCGGGUGACCCGUGAGGCCUGAGAGGGGUUGUGCUCCCCUACGAGGUGGGCCUGUGCCAGCCGCGGGUGCCGGGCUUUCACUGGGGUGCACCUGCGAGUGGGUUUUUUGGGUUAUGCUGCUGUCUUUGCGCCCCCGAGAUGCCGCGGUUGAGGUCGGGGAAAAUGGUAUCGGCUAGCGAGGUGGGGCCGUUUGGCUCGGAAGGCGCCGGCCCCGGCUGCCAGGGUGCAGGGUGUGAGCCAGGGAGAAAGCUCGUAAUGAACCGGAGUCCUCGCCUGGCGCGGAAGAGAAAACCAGAGCAGCCCUUACCUACCUGCGUCCAAGCUGCCAGGCUCGCCAGCGCUUCCUUUGGGCAGUUUGCUCCUCUUUUGCCCGUGCAGGAGGAGCAAGGUGAGAACGGCCGGGAAUUCCCAGGUAGAAAAAACAGGGGGAUGCAGCACAGGAGGGCUGCCAGAAGCGGCAGCGGUGUAGCUCCGCCAAUUUCAGACACAGCCGAGUGUGAAGAUCGACAGGCAGCAGGUACGGGUGCAGCAGUAGGCUGUGAAGAGACUGUAAGGAGAGGGACAGGGCAAAGUCAACAGCUGUUUUUCUCAGGAACUGCUUUGCAGAAUAAGUUCUCAGAAGGGAUUGAGAGGAAAGAACAUUGCUCAGACCACGUGGACCUCUCAGUUUUCCAGGAGGAUUCAAGGAGUUCAGAAAAAUACGGCUGUAUGGAUAUAAAACUACAAAUUCCAUCCUCAGAGGAAGAAAUUGAGAGUGCAGAGAGACAUGGCAUUUCCUGUCUUCCGGAAGGGCUGCGACCCAGAGAGGUCACAUGGAGUACUGAAAUGAAAUGCACUGACUCAAUGAUGAUGCAGAACAGGCAAAUCCCUGAUUUUAGGGAGAAUUUGGGGGGUCGGGAAGCCAUGACUGAAACAAAACAUCAGGAAGAGAUUGAUAUACCAGAGAAGUUGAAUGGGUGUCCUUUAGUUGGAUCAAGACAACUAGGGACGCAGGAGAAAGAAAAGAAAUGCUUGAGCAAGAAAGGCGGGAUGUCACUGAUGAAAACAAAACUAUACGGUCCCAGAAAGAAAGGUAGUUCUGUUUUGCUAGAACUGCAUGCACAGUGUCCAGAGUCCAGGAAAGGACCUGUGAAUAUGAGGAAGAGGGAUAGAAAUGCACUGGUACAGGGUGUAGAUGGACAAGAACAACCACCAACCAGACGAAAGACAUACAAGCGCUGCAUGAAAGAAGAGUGGCAGAGCUCAGUCCCUCAGAAAAGAGCACACAGCCCAGGGGAAAAUGCAGAGGAGCAGUUGAAAGCAACUGAGCAAGAUUCCGGUACUUCACGGGCUGUGAAGAAUAUAAAGACAGAGCAAAACAGACCAGAAGAUUCUAAGGAAACGGAAUCUCACUACUCUAAAUCUCCUAUGGUUGCUGCUUUAGGUGGGACUCAAAGCAAGAGCUUUCUAUCCCGUGCUGUAACAAAAAAGUCUGGUGUGCAGUAUAAAGUAAGUCAGCCUAAGAAAAGAAAACCCAGAAAUGGUCAAAUCAAGCACUUGCAAAGUUUGACUGCAGCUGAAAAAGUGAACACAUCUGUAAAAUGUGAUGCUGAACAUUGCAGAAAUGCCCUUAAACAUUGUAGUGGCUUGCUCUGUGCAACAGAAAAGAAUCCGUAUGUGAGAUUAGAAGACUGUAGUUACAUCAAUACAUUAGUGAAGCUUUCAACUAGUGGAACUACCAGCAGUUAUAAAUUAAAUGGAUUCUUCCAUGUAGCCCAUGGUACUGUAGAAGUGAGUGAUACAAUUUGCAGCAAUAGUAGAAUGCUAAAUGAGAUAUCACCCGUAAAAGGUGGUUUAUCGUCUAAUGAAGAAAAAAAUGAAAAUGGAGAAGGCCGUCUUUCUUGUUGUCUGAGUGAAAGCAGUAAGUGUUUAAGGGAAAAAAAGUGGAAUAUUGGUAGGAAGCCUAGAAAAAAGAUGAAAAUCGCAGAGAAAUUAGAAGUGCAGAAUACUUUCACAGGCAUGGCUAAUAAAUGCAGUAAGUGUGAGUUACAAGCAGAAGCAGCAGUUGCAAUAUCAAGCUCCUUUGCAGUUUCAGGACUGAAUCAUACUCUGUCAGAUUCACAUGAUCAUGAAUUAAAUCUUCAUAAGGGAAGAAAUACUCAUGAAGCACAAAAUGUAUCAACCUGGAGAACGAAGAGUACCAAAGUACCUGCAUUUGAAAAUGCUGUUAAGAAGAGAUCUGAGCUCUCUGUAAUAGCAAAAGGAGAAAAUUCAAGCACUGUGGCACAUCAGUCAGCUACCUCAGGUACCCUGAGAGCGCUAGCUCAGGUCCAUGAUACUUGUGACUGUCACAAAAGCAAGACAGGGGGAAAACUGAACAAUGUGAAUAAGGAAUUUCAGCAGUUUACCUGUCAAAGAGCAGUACCCAUGACUGGUAAAAAAGUUUGGCCUGUUGAAUCUUGUGCCAGGACUUCUGAAUGGGUUUAUAAAAAUCAUGGGUCCGUCUCAGAAGGAAAAAGACUUUUAAAAGCUGCCUUUGAGGAUUCCUCUGAUAAAAGCAGUGUUAAAGCUGUAGGAGGUAGUGCUGUGACUGGGAGUUUGAGACAGCUGGAUUUGCCUGUGUCAUCGGCAGAAACUACAAAAGAAUCUGCACAUAAAAGAAUUGAUCCAAAUACUGAAUGUCAGACUUCACUUGAAACACCAGAAUCCUCUUCUGUAGAUAUUUACAAGACUUCGAGAAUGAGUAAUGAAAAUGGGGAAUCAUCAGUUAAUGCAGAUAGAAGCAGUUUGGCUUUUAACCAUGAUGAUGUGCAAGAAGUUAAAGGAACCUGGAAUUUUACAACCAAACGAAAAGAUAAAAAUGACAGAGAUGUAACAAACAGAAACUUGUCUGUGACAGUCAAGAAGGGUAUAACAAAACAAAAAAAUAAAAGUGAAGGAGGUGUAACAACUGAAAACCUGUCUAUGACAGUCCAGAAGGGUACAACAAAACAAAAAAAUAAAAGUGAAGGAGAUGUAACAACUGAAAACCUGUCUAUGACAGUCCAGAAGGGUACAACAAAACAAAAAAAUAAAAGUGAAGGAGAUGUAACAACUGAAAACCUGUCUAUGACAGUCCAGAAGGGUACAACAAAACAAAAAGAUAGAAAUGAAGAAGAUGUAACAAAAAGAAACCUGUCUGUGACAGUCCAGAAAGGUAAAUCUACAGGUGACACAAAUAGAAUAAACUUUAGCUCUAAAGUGUCAGUAGUGAACCAGACAUUUUCUGAUUUAAAGCUAAUUAAAGGGUUAAACCCUGAAAACCUGACAAAAUUCAGAAUUCCUUUAUGCAGAAACAAACCUGAAUCCAGGAAAUUGAAAUCUGUCCAUUCAUUUGAAAGAAAAACCUGUAGUCCACUUGAGCUUGAAAGCACUGGUGUUUCAAGAAGACAGAAGACAGGUGAAGAAAAUGUGCUGGUAAAUUCUGAGCAGCACCCUUUUCCUGUCAUGAGUGAUGCUACAUCUACAGCUUCUGUAAAGAAAACAGCAUAUCAGAUUGACAGUAAGGACUUUCAGCACAGUGGCUCUGAAAACUUCUCAAAUGGGAUAUUUGUGCUCCCCGAAAAUUUUUCUGCAUAUCGACAUCCUCUUCUUGAUGGACAGCCAGAGUCAUCUGUGCCUGAUUUCUCCGGUUCUGAAUGUGUGCUGAAACCUAGUUUUCCUGAUCAUUCUUGGAAUUCAGUUGACCACCCUGUUGGAUUGCAAAUAAAUGAUGAUAGCAAAUCAAAAGAGAUUCUUUCACAACAGAAAAGUCAAAAUUCACCAGAUAUUCUUGAAGCUUACAAGCAAGAUAUUCUUGUCAUUGAUGUGAUUCAGGAUGACCCUGAUCUUUUUGGAACCAGUAAUGAAGAGGAGCUAGCCCUUGCCUGUGAGAAUUGUCCAGUGAAAGCGUCCUGUACUAAUAUCUGCGUUAAAGACACAAAGCCCAAGUCUCCCAUUACCUCAGAAAAGAAACAUUUGGUUGAGAAUAGUUCUGGAUGCAUGCAAGAAUUUGGAAUGUCAAAUGAUAUUGAAAAUUCCUGUGAUUUGGUGCUAAAAGCUGAAGAUAUUAAAACGCACAACUCCUCCAGAGGAAGCAGUCCUUUGGGAGAUGUUGCUGAGGACUUUCUUAAAGAUGGGCGACCAAGUGAACUGGAUGAACUUUUGAAGAGUUUUGAUGUGAAUGAAAAGUUCAAGUUUGCAGAUGGAGUGCCUGAUGUUAAACAAGAAAAAAAGAGUGAAGCUGAAAAAAGUGACUGUAAAUACAAAGAUCUUGUGAACUGUGAAUUGCUAUCAGGAUCACCACUGAAUGACCCGAAAGUAAAUAUCUUCAGUGAAGCUACAGUGAUGAAAUCCUGGACAAAUGUUUACAAACCAUCAGGAAAAAGUCCUUUACAGACAUUGAAGAAUUUUGGAGAUUUUGAGCCAUGGAAGAUGGAGAAAAAUGCAACUGCUUCUCAUUCAGUCCAACAGAUCCUCGAUGCACUUGACUUGCCCCGUAAAUACUGCCGGUACUAUUUCAUGACUUCACGUGGGUGUACAAGAGCAAGAUGUCGGUUCUCCCAUGUCCCCGAACAAGGGGAUGAAAAGAUUUGCAUGGCAAUUCUUAGGACAUACAUUAAAAUCAAAGAACCAGGCCUCCUAAAACGUGCAGUCCAAAUAUUUGUGCGGUAUUACAGAGGAGUUGUUCCUGGUGUGGAUUUUGCUUCUCAAGUGUUGAAUGAUCUUCUUGUUUCUCUGCUCAAGAACUGUUUGUUGCAGGAGGUAUUUUGGAUAUUGAAUGUAACCAUGGAAAUCAAGACACUGCCAACUACAGAUGUUCUUCUGAAAGUUUUUGAGCAAGUGGCUUCUUUGAAUUUAAGAGAUGCUGUGCCUACAUUAAUCCGUACCUUUCGUAAGCUCGUUGAUGCUGGUAUGUUCCUUGAGUUAGACCGUUUUGACUAUAUUGUUAAGUUACUUCACCAAUUGCAAGUUUCUAGUUGGGAAAUAAGUGUUGUUUUGAACAUAAAAUCCAGAUUUAGAGAAAGACACCAUUUUGAAAAGAACUGGCUUUUUGAUUUCAACUUAGCAGCAGAUGAAAUUCAGCAUUGUAAGGAAAAAAGGGAUUGGACCAAGCUGGGAACUUUGUAUCUUAAUGCAAGAACUGGAUGUGAAUGUUUUGAGGAUUUUCAGAAAUUAUUUUUAUCUAUUGCUGAAAUACUAACCAAAGAUUCUGAGUCAAACAGACCAGAAGUUCCUUUCUGUGAUUUUGCUGAUGCAGUAAUGAAAAAUUCACAACCUAAUGAAGCAGACAGACUUUUCAUUGGGAGGACUGGAAUAAGCGUAAUGUAUUCUUAUCAUGAAGUACUGCAGUGGACGAAGGGAAGGAAGGUUUUGGAUAAACUGCACGAGCUACAGAUACCUUUUACGCUCUUGAAAGGACUUAUAGGUUCAGGGAGGUCAGCAUCAAGAUGUCAGAUUGUUAAUAAAGCUGCAGAAAUCUUCCUUAAUUGUGGAAGUUUGGAUGGAGCGACAAGGGUAUUGAGAGAGUCAGAGUGGACCACAGAUGCACCAUUGUGGCCUUGUGAUAAAAUGGACAUCCUCAAUCGACGCAAUCUGUUACAUACCCUAGUGCACAGAUACUUGAGUAAGAGUUUGUACAGGCAGGCUUUUGAAGUUCUGCAGAACUUCCCAGGUUUGCAAAAACAUUCUGAUAUUGUAGAUGUUUCUCAGUACAGCUGCCUUUUUAACAAGCUGAUAAAUGCCUGUUUUGAGAACAAGAGCCUUGGGGUCUCAUCUUCUGCAGUAGACUUCAUGCUUUCAAAAAAAAUUGCUAUUGAUUUUAUUUUACUUAGAAGAUUAAUCACAGCUUUGGGAAGAAGUUCUUUGUGGUCUAAAGCUAGGACAUAUUACAAAAAUGCUUUAUCAUUGGGUUGCUACCCACAGCUGCAGGGAAAUUUAUACCACAAACUUUUGAAGAUUCCAUCUUACCUGUCUGAAGUUGAGAUGCUAUUGGCCAUUGAAAUAUUUCUUGUUUCAAAUGCCAGUUAUAUUCAAAGUCCAGUGACUACUAGUCAGACUCUUCAAAUAAUACUGAAAAGAUGUGAAGAUCAGACAGUUCAGGAUAACAGUGUCUAUCAAAUGGCAGUGGAGAGACUGAUUCUAGCAGCUCGUUUAUCUGAUCCAAAGCUUCUUCUUAAGCAUAUGACAAUGAAUGUUAAUAUGGAAGAGGUUUACAGCCUGGAGCUUUCAUCUGCUCUAAAAUGGCUUCAGGAGAAUAUGAAAUGGGCUGAGGAGGUCUGGCUGUUUCGGUAGUCAUUAAAUAGUUAAGACUUUUGUUUUUUAAUGGUUAAAGCAAUCAUUCUUCAAAAUAAUACAGAGCAAUAAAGGCAGUUCCCACUGUGUCCAGACUGUGCCUUACAGAUUGACAGCAAUGUUUCAAACUCAAGUUGUGUUUUUAAAUACUGAUAUUGAUGAUAAUGCAGAUAGUAGCACAAAAAGAGUAAUUUUUUCCCUAAGUAUAUAAAUGUCACACUGACUUACAUAGAUGUUCUGUAAUGACAUCAUUAGAUAUUGAGGAAGCUGCAGCCUCAGAACCUACAUUCUCCUUUUUUACAGAGAAUCUAGUACUGACUUGUUUCUCCCAGCGGGUGAAAGUGUAAGUGUAGUAUAAGUAUAGGUAAGUGCACUGAUUGAGUGUAUCUACUGUUCUUGUGUGAGGUAUUUUCCACAUUGCUUCAUAGUCCGUAGAAGUAAUAUGUUUCCUUUUGUCUUCCUCACAGUAACUUGUGAGGAUGUUGACCCAUCUGUGUGCACCUUAGAUGUUAAUUUCCUUACUGCAAGAUCCCAAUAAAAAGCACUGAGAUGAAAAUAACUUCAAAAUCACUUGAGAUAUGCCUGACUUAGGACACCUUUCUUCACAGACACAUGUUGCUCACAGAUGAAGGGUUAGUUGUAUCUUGAUAAUAGCUCGUGUGUAGCUUCACAUUUGUAUAUAUGGGUACUUCCACUGAAGAGGAAAACUCGCUUUCUCCCUUGGUUAUGCUCUUAGAGGAAGGUGGGUUUGUCCAUUUUUUAGUUCCUGCCAAAUGCACGAUGAGAUGGAGGCUUCUAGCAAGCUUGUACCACCAUUCCUGGUUCUUCAGGAUUUCUUUUUCCCCACCUGCAAAUUCUGAAUCAAAUUUGGAGCAUGAAUCGCUCAAGUCACACUUCCAUCUACUGAUCUGCAGGCUGAGUAAGAAGAGACACACAUUUCAUAUCAGAAAAGCUCUUGUGGCAAAUCAGUGGGACCUCUGUCAAAGCUGAUAGUUGCCUGAGCUCCCCACUUUGUGUAGUGUUAGUUUAGAUCUCCAGUACCAACCUUCACAAACAUGCCAGGAGUACAGCUCUUUUCGUCCUGCACUCCAUCCCUUCCAAAGCUUUUUGUUCUGAACAGUUCUGCUCUUUUGGGUAGAGAAAUUCACGUGUUUUUAAGGCUGUUCCAUCAUAAGGGAGAUCAAGAUGGUAGCAUAAGACCUGAAUGUUUGAAAAAUCUUUCCCUCCUUUGGGGCAGCAUAAGUCUCUUCCCAGUUGCAGGAGCAUUACUGCAGGUGUCCUUUUGUGGCAGUUUGAGCCACAGAGUACCUCUGAAUUAUGAAAGCCGCCAUGAUCUUAUUCCUGGAUGGUUGUGGAGGGUUUUGAAGGGGUGUUGGUGGUUCUUCUCUCUGGGGGAGGUUGCCACUCUCGUCUUAAGGUUCAUGCCAUUAAUCUAAUGUCAUGAAUCUGAUUAUCAGUUCUUAGAUUCCUGACCCUCUUCAGGGCCAGGUUCUGACCUUCUUCAAUACCACUGCUCAUCCAGUCUGUCUGGGAGUUGCUACUGGAGGAGAGGAUUGACUGCAGUGACAGCCAAGAUCACUACUUUCCUCCUGUGCCACCUGUACAGAAAAAAAUGCAAAGAUAGAGGCUCUUGUGUUUUCAUUCUUCUGUGAGGAUCUCAUCUGCCUUCCCUCUAAAAAAUGGUGGAUUCAGUAAUAACAAUCAGAUGGCAUUUCUUUAAAAGCCCCUUACCUCAAAAUUUCUUGAAGUACAGUUGGCACUAGUUCAAACAAACUUUGGGUUCCACCCGUUGGUAUUCACCGAGUUGUCUCUGCCAUUUGUAAGGCCAUCUACCUGGUCAAAUCCAAUCGCAUUUGCUUCCCAGGAGCUGAAAGACUGGGUAAGAAGUGACCAGGUUUCCAGUGAGGGAUCUAAACUGAUGUUCUUGCAGCCACUCCAGCAUUAAUGACAAGAGCAAUUCUGGAAGGUUUCAACGAACUAAAACUGGUAGUGAGAAACUAAGAAAUUUUUGAUAAUUACUUUUUGUAAGAUCCUUUGUAGCUUAAUUUCCCUGGGAAAUUAAGAGGCUAUCUGACACUCAGCUAAAUCCCACAUUUCUGUAAGCAGUACCAGAUGUGGCUAAUACUGUGUUUGAGAGAUGCAGAAGGACAAAAUUCUCUUUGUAAUCUGUAUGGCUUCAAAUCUUGGGAUGUUCUAGAGACAGCAGAAUUUUUUCCACUGUAAGCAACCUUGAAUUUUCACUUAGAUCAUCCCCAGAAAAAAAACCCAAAUGUUGCUUUCUUUUUCAGACAGAGGUUAAUCAUUGACCUUCAGGUUUAACUUGGAACUGUGUAAAAUUUUUGCAAUGUUUUGGCUUCAUCUCCUGAGUAUCAUCUUCAGCUGUGAUAGGAUGUAGUCUCUGUCAUGUUUUAUAUUAACAAGCAAUGCAAGCUCCCCAUAUCAUUGCUCAGAACUUUUGUUACAGCGAGGGCUUCUGGUCUUUCUGGCAAUAUAGUGUUUCUCCCUGUAGAUAUAUAUAUAUGUGUGUAUAUAUAUACAUGAGAAAUAUAUAUAUACAUGGGAAAUAUAUAUAUACACACAUGACAAACCAGUAGGCAAUUUAAAAAACUUUGCUGUUAAGUCCUGUGUUUCACAUUUUUGUACUGCCUAGGUCUACAUGAAAUACAAUACAAUUCUGGCCAUUUUGAUGUGUAUCAAAAGGACAGAAAGGUUUCUUGAGUGACAUUCUCGGUAUUUUGGUAACAGAAAUUCCAUGGGCCAAACAAGACAAAACUCCAGUGUGGAAUGGAAACAAGCCUGGAAAGAUGGAAAAAUGUUCUGAAGAGUAAAGUUAAGUACAAUAGAGACAAUGCAGUUUUGCAGAGCCAGCCACUCAAUAUAUUGACAAUAUCCAUAUUUUUGCUUUUUCCCAGAUGUAAGUUAAGCUGAAAGAACUUCUUUGUUUGACUUUAAGCAACUAAUUUGAUAAAGUUUUUCAUACAGGAAAUAAAAUGUAUGUGUACCUUUUUGCAGAGGGAGACAGAAAAAUGUGCAAAUAAAAACUUUCCUAUGUUGUGCUUGGUAGCUUGGUGUAGACAACGCUGCACUCCUUUGGAAUGUUGUUAGAUGCAUGAGAAAUUGCCUCUGUGAAAAUAUUUUUCAGUUUUCACUGAUUACACGGUAUGCUCUUGGAAAGAUUGCUUUUGUUAGGUGUGGACAGUUUCUUGUAACUAAAACAGAAUAAUGGGGUUUGAAAGGCUUACCACAGUUUUAUUUCAAAGCAUUGAUAGUUUUGAGAGUUUCUGAACCCACAUGGGGGACGGAGGUGAAAAGCUGGAAAUAGGAGCUUGACACUGUGUUUUAUAAAGAGCAAUUGGGGGGGUCCCUUUGGAGAAGUUGUUAAGAUGUUAAUAAAUGGUUUUUUAUUCUUUAUAUAAAAUAUUCAAGAUA